AUGAUAAAGAGAAGAUUUUACAAGCUUGAGCAUGGUGACAAAGACAGUGGAUCCGACUCGUCUUGCUUCUCAUCAGAUUCUGACCCGGACACUGAAGAAUCGGAAGAAUCCGGAUCCGAAGACGCCGUUGCAGAAGUCUCCGAUGACAAUGAUGAUUCCGUCUCAGAAGGUGAAGGAGACGACGAUGAUGAAUCUCCAGCUGGUGAAGAAGACGAUGCUGAUGUUGAAGAUGAUGAUGAGGAUGGUGAUGGUAAUGGUGAUGAUGACUAUGUUGGGAGAUUUAAGAAGGCAAUGAUGAGUCUGAAUCGUGAUGCUUUUCCUGAAGAGCCACCGGAAGAGGAGGAAGAGAACUAUAUUCUAGGUUGUAUGGUUAAACGCAAAUCGGUUUACAAAUGCAGAUAUUGUCCAGACGUUGUUUGCUUGAAUGAAGCAACAAUGCAAGCUCAUGUUUCAUCAAAGAAGCAUGUUCGUGCUGAGAAGUUGGCGAAAGAAGAGAAGCUCAGAAGCGAUGAUGAAGAAGAAGAAGUCGAUGAUGAUACAGAGAAGCCAUCUCAGGAGAAGGAGAUAAAAGGGAACAGAAGAUCACAAAGAAAGGGUAAGAAGUCACGGAAAGAAGGAAAGGUCAAAGCUGAUGAUCCAGAAACGCCAUCUCAGGAGAAGCAGGAGGUAAAGGGAAACAGAAAAGCACGAAGAGAGGCUAUGAGAUCACAAAAACCUGAAAAGGUUUCAUCGACCACAGACAGAGAAAAGACAGAUGCAACGCAGAAAUCUAGGAAGAAAAUGCGUCAAACUAAGGAUUAA